AUGGCCUCGUCAAAGGCUGCUGCCAGGCUGUUGGCCUACAGAGCGCCGUCGCCGCUGGCCUCGUCAUACGCCCUUGCCAGCCCGUCGUCCGUCCUCCGCGCAUCAACGUCGUCCUUCUCGACCUCCGCCAUCAGAGCUGCCACUCCCGCCGGACCACCGCCAUCAGGCUUCCGUCUUGCUCCCCCAAAGCGAUGGGACCAGCAGGACGAGACCUCGCUCGAUAGCGCUACCAAGUACUUCCUCAUGGCGGAGCUGUUCCGGGGCAUGUAUGUGGUGCUGGAACAGUUCUUCAGACCUCCAUACACCAUCUUCUACCCCUUCGAGAAAGGCCCCAUCUCCCCCCGCUUCCGUGGCGAGCACGCUCUCCGCCGAUAUCCCUCUGGGGAAGAACGAUGCAUUGCCUGUAAACUCUGUGAAGCCAUCUGCCCUGCUCAGGCCAUCACGAUUGAAGCUGAAGAGCGUGUCGAUGGAAGUCGACGAACAACCAGAUACGAUAUCGACAUGACCAAGUGUAUCUACUGCGGAUUCUGUCAGGAGAGCUGUCCGGUAGAUGCUAUUGUCGAAUCGCCUAAUGCCGAAUAUGCUACUGAAACCAGAGAAGAGCUUUUGUACAACAAGGAGAAACUGCUGGCGAAUGGUGACAAGUGGGAGCCAGAACUCGCCGCUGCUGCCAGAGCUGAUGCUCCAUAUAGAUAA